CACGAGCAGCCUAAAGUUUGCAGGAUAAAUAUCCAGAAUAAACAACAACAACAACAACCCCAUCGUGCGCUGAGGACAGUGAUCAGCCGAGGAACGGAGGGGACCAUGAUGGACGCAAUCGGAGCAGAAAUAGAAGCAACCCGACACCUAACCCGUCCCGACUCUACCCAACCAGAAGAUCUUACACACCCGACCAGAUCCCUCAUGUACAGUGUAAAGAGCCGGGAUAGCCGCACUGCCACACAUACACACACACUCAACUGCUUUCUCAGAUUCUCUCCAAGCCCGUUUUGCUCAGUCUUGACACAACCGAAACUGGUCACGAUUCUGUUCUUACCCUUGUUCCAUUCAUUGUUUACUCCAAUGAUCUCGCACGCCUACUCGACGGGGCCCAUUCGGGAGACCCUUCUAACCGUAAUCUGUGGUCGUUAUUUAAACACCAGACUAGUGGAAGGGCAGAUCAUUCCAUAUCUUGAAGGGUCUAUAUUUAUUUUGGCUCAUCGAGUCCAGACCUUGAUCAACUCGCUUAGACAUCAACAGUGCAGUACUUCCGCCGGGAGGUUCGUCUCUUUGUAGUUGAACCCUCAUGACUAACACCGUGUAGGAAAUGACUUGCUCAGUCUUCUUAAUUCCCAAUGCCACAAAACCAGGGUUGGUGAAACGAAAACAAGUAAUUUGGUCUCUAUUAUCGUUCCAUCCGCGUUUGCCGAGUCCUCUGUUAUUGCCACUACUUGGAAAGAUUUCCAUCGAAAAGCAGAUGACCACAUUUCAACAACUUCGCCGUGCGACUCUGUCGAUUCGCACGGGGUCAUUUUGGUCCUGGUUGUUCCAACCCCUCUUGCGUGGAGCUUGAAUUAACU